AUGGCUGACGACUUAAUAAAAGAAUGGGAGAAACUUCAAUUGACAGAGGAUGAGAAUGUUGUGAUUGGGUUUCUACCUCCUGCGGUUACGACUGAUGAGAACAAUUCAUCCCAACUUCGUAUGGCGCUCGUUGAGAAGUUGUGUACUGUGAAACCUUUUAAUGUUGAUGCUAUGAAAAAAACCUUGGCUAAUGUGUGGAGAUUGAAUGAUGACAUCGUCAUCAAGAUGUUGGAUACAAAUCUGUUUAUCUUUCAAUUUUCUAGUGAAGAUGACAAGCAGCAAGUGGUUGAUGGCAUGCCGUGGUUUUUCGAUGAUAAAUUACUAUUACUCGGGGAGAUUAAUGGUAAUGAACAACCGUCUGAGAUUACAAUCAACCGAAAUCCUAUGUGGGUAAGACUCAUUGAUGUUCCGUUCAAUAAACGAAGCCAUGGUGUAUUGAAGGAAAUCGGUGACUCUCUGGGUGGAUUUCUUGAACUAGAUAAGUCAGACCCACUUAGUUUGGGCAAAUUUGUUCGAAUUAAGGUGAUGGUGGAUGUUCACAAGCCGUUGAGGAGGGGCCUAUUUCUUGCAACAGGGGGCUCGAAGCCGAAGUGGAUUGAUAUCAAGUUUGAGCGUCUAUCUGAUUCUUGCUAUUAUUGUGGUCUCCUUGAUCACACUGAUAAGGAAUGCGAAAAGAAGGAAACGGAGGAAGGUACAAAGGCUGAAGUAGUAUACCAAUACGGACCUUGGAUGAGAGCUUCUCCAUUGAAAAUCACCUAA